UUCCCUGCCUGCAGUGAUGCGUGUGAUGUUCGGUAUUCACUUCAGAAGCGAGGUAUAAAGCUAGACAACAGAAAUGGCCAGCAAUAAUUUAGAGAGUGAAAUCCGUACUCUCAGAGAAAAACUCAAGAACUAUAAAGUUGGAAAUAUCGAGGGCUUGCAUUCUUUCUCAGACGCUCUCGAAGGAGAAAUGGAAGGAUUGCAGAUACGGCUGGCCGUGUUUGGCAUGACUGGUGCUGGGAAAUCGUCGCUUGUUAACACGAUUUGGAAGACUUUAUACGGCCGAGAAAAUGCCCCUGCAAUAGAACAAUCAUCUGGAGCCGAAGGAACACAAUUACUGGAGGAUUUUCAUUCGCAAUCGGGGACAGAAGAUGACCGUGGCGGCUUUGUAUUCCAUGACACAAGAGGUUUUAACUUCGAUUUCAACAGAGCUGAAGAAAAUGAACUCUUCAGAAUAUUAUACGGCAUCGUUUCUGCAGGACAGCUUAUAGAGCGAGGAGACUGGGCUGAAAAAAUGGCCGAAGACGCUGGUCAAGCUGCUCACAGGCUCGAAAAGCCUCCGGUUGCAGACCAAGUUCAUGUGGCAUUGUGGGUAAUCAAGGCUAACGACAUUCGUUUCGUGAAUGGCCAGUAUCUAGACAAGUUCAAUUUUGUGAGGCAAAAAUUAAACGCGGAAGGUGUUACCAUAAUUACGGUUUUAACCCACGAUGACAAAUUGGACUCUGAAGAACGCAAUCAAGCUAAAAAGAACGCCAUGGAAGUGACCGGAAGUAAGAAGGCUCAAACAUUUGUCUUUGCUAAUUGGUUAGGAGAACAGGAAGAAUACGACGUCAGGUACCAACGGGAGGUGUUGAAAAUGUUGCACACUGCUCUUGGGUGCGGUGAGCGCUCUGUGAGGUCUCGGCAGAUUCAACGGAAACUUAGUAAACAGUGAAAGACACUGACUGAUAGCGAAACACUUCGCGUUUUAGGGUAGAGCUUCAUUUUUUAUUUGUGAAUAUAGCGAUCUUUUUUAUGACAUUGAAAGCCUUUUAUUAUUUCUUCUGGUCUGGAUAAUUGCUUUGAAGUGACCUCCCCCUAAUCGGAAGUAGUGCAGUGCGCCGUAGUAGGACAGCGAACUUGCUUUUCUGUGAAAGAAGUCUUUCGUUUGAAGAACGUACAAGGCUUUUCUGUGACUUCAAUUUAAAUUCAGUUACAAAAUUGUAGCCAACUUUUUAUUUGAUGAAAGCUAAUUCUCAAUAUGUAUUCAGCUCUCGGCUUUUUAGGAGACAAGAAUUAGUGAUCUAUUCAAACUGGUCUCGCUUACUUUCAUACAAUGAGAAAGGGGAGGCCUGGGGUGGGAACUCUCAACAGCACUGUAUAGAGAAAAGGUUGGGAUGGGAGGAAGGGUAAGGGUAAAAACUGUCGAGAGAGACUGGGAGAGAGUAAAUGAAAACAGAUGAUUGGACAAAUAUGAAGCCACUGUCAAAACGCUAUUUCACGGACGUACGAGGCAAAUCGGAUCAGUUCUCCUUGUGGACAGUCGAGUGAGACCGCUGAGAAUAUUACAGUAGACAACGUAUAAGCGAGCGCCAUUUCAGUAACACAUAGUUAUCCUUAGUCAUAACUAGGAUAAACGUCAAUGAAAUGGUUUAUAAAAGUCAGCUGAAACAACUUAAAAAGGGAUUUUCGUUUAUUAGAUAUUAUUAUCAUUAAAUGCUCGUCCUUGGAAAAA